AUGAGAAUUGCUACACUACAGAUCGCCCCGAAGCUGGGAGACGUGGAGGGAAAUAUCCGACGCGCCAAUGAGUUGCUUAAGAAAGGAAAAUCCAUUUCCAUGGGUGGACAGGAUCUCGGAAUCGACAUUGGGGCAGAGCUGCUGAGACCGGAGAUUUUGGUCUUGCCUGAGAUGGCGUUGACUGAAGCAGUCCGGCCUUUUCUCGAACCUGUUGGAAAGGGACCAAGUGCCGCAUGGGCACGCGAAACCGCCCAACGACUCCAAUGCAAAGUGUGCGUGGGGUACCCGGAGAUUGAAACAAAUGCCUCGACAGAAGAGACAAGAUUCUACAACUCCCUCGUUAUCGUCGACGAAACGGGCGAAGUCAUCCACAACUACCGCAAGAGCUUUCUGUACUUUACUGACGAAAGCUGGGCAUCGGAAGGCGACGUCGAGCGGGGGUUUCGCAAGCUGACUUUCCCGUCGCGGCAGGGGAACGAUAACGAGAACGGGAUGACUACGGCCUCUACCAUAGCGGGGGAUGCAGAUGCGAGUGAUACUCCCCGACAUGCAGCCGAGAAGCGGGUCGCCACAUCCUUUGGGAUCUGCAUGGAUAUCAACCCGUACAAGUUCGAAGCCCCUUACACGGCGUGGGAAUUCGCCAACCGGGUCCUAGACUCGAAAUCGCAACUGGUCAUCUUGUCCAUGGCAUGGUUGACCCUCCUCAGCAGGGAGGAAUUGGAUGCGCUAGAGGGCAAGCCGGAGAUGGAUACGUUCAACUACUGGCUACAGCGGUUCUGGCCGCUCUUCGAGAAGAAAAUGCAGCAUGCGGAGAAUUCUGAUUCUGAUUCUGAUGAUAAUUCCGAUACAGCUGAGACGAAGGCUGCGCGCAAGGAUGAUAAGCAGGUGGUGAUCGUCUUUUCCAAUCGCGCCGGGGAAGAACCCGCUGCAGAUGAUGCGAAGCCACCGGCGCGGUAUGCGGGGACGAGCGCCGUCAUUGCCGUGACGCAGCGGCCUCGAGAGGGAGGUUUGAAUGGGUCAGGUGCCGGUGCGGUGGAGGCGAUCGACGAGGGCCGCGACUUCGAUGUGAAGAUCCUCUGUUGGGACCUACUAGGCGCUAGUGAGGAGGGGAUUUGUUUCGCGGAUACUACGGCAGACCCGAAAAUGGUGUUUGGAUUGAGAAGCAAGUCGCGGGGGGAGUGA